GCUGGGCGGGGCGGGGUCGUGUUGUUGUUGCUGUUGUGCUGAACGUGAAGCCUCUUUAAACGCACGAUUCGCGCUUAUUUAAAACCUCAGAUAAUACCAUCAUCAUCUUCAUCUCCGUAACGGGCUCCUGAGUCUAACGGUUUUUCCCCUCGCCUUUUUAUCCUGAGUCAGGAUGGGAAGCUGUUUAACUGUGGGGCCAAACGAAGCGCUGGUGGUCUCCGGUGGUUGCUGCGGCUCUGAUGACAAAACCUACGUCGUAGGAGGAUGGUCCUGGGCAUGGUGGCUCAUCUCAGACGCCCAAAGGCUAAGCCUGGAGAUAAUGACUCUGCAGCCAAGAUGUGAGGAUGUGGAGACAGCAGAAGGAGUAGCUAUCACUGUCACAGGGGUGGCUCAGGUGAAAGUCAUGACGGAGCAGGACCUGCUGGCAGUGGCUUGUGAGCAGUUUCUGGGUAAAUCAGUAAUGGAAAUCAAAGGUGUGCUGCUGCAGACUCUGGAGGGACAUCUGCGCUCCAUUCUAGGUACUCUGACAGUGGAGCAGAUCUAUCAGGACAGGGAUCAGUUUGCUAAACUGGUGAGGGACGUAGCAGCUCCUGACGUCGGCAGGAUGGGCAUCGAGAUUCUGAGCUUUACCAUUAAGGAUGUGUAUGAUAAACUGGACUACCUGAGCUCCCUUGGAAAGACCCAGAUUGCAGCUGUCCAGAGGGAUGCAGACAUCGGUGUGGCCGAGGCAGAGAGGGAUGCUGGGAUACGGGAAGCCGAAUGCAAGAAGGAGAUGAUGGAUGUUAAAUUCAAGGCUGACACCAAGAUGGCUGACUCCAAACGAGAACUGGAGCUGCAGAAAGCUUCAUUCAACCAAGAAGUCAAUGCUAGGAAAGCAGAGGCCCAGCUGGCAUACGAGCUGCAGGCUGCCAAAGAGCAGCAAAAGAUCCGGCUGGAAGAGAUUGAGAUCCAAGUGGUGCAGCGGAAGAAGGAGAUUACAAUUGAGGAGAAGGAGAUUGACCGGACAGACAAGGAGCUCAUUGCCACUGUAAAGAGGCCUGCUGAGGCCGAGGCCUAUAAAAUGCAGCAGCUGGCUGAGGGCGAGAAGCUGAAGAAAGUGCUGAUUGCCCAGGCUGAGGCCGAGAAGAUCAAAAAGAUUGGUGAGGCGGAGGCUAGCUCGAUUGAAGCGGUGGGAAAGGCCGAGGCUGAGAAGAUGAGACUGAAGGCUGAGGCCUACGAGCAGUACGGAGAUGCAGCUAAGACAGCUCUGGUCCUCGAGGCCCUGCCUAAGAUUGCUUCCAAAGUGGCGGCGCCCUUAGCCAAGACGAAUGAAAUUGUCAUUCUGAGUGGCGAGGGCAGCCGCGUGACAGGCGAGGUGAACCGCCUUUUGGCCGAACUUCCUGUGUCAGUCAACGCUCUCACUGGAGUGGAUUUGUCGAAGAUCCCUCUGCUGCAGAAGGUGACCGGCUCAGCUUAAGCCUGAAAACCGAAGACUCCACAUGACUCCAGUCUCUGUUGUAUGCACUCUCAUAGACUGCCUUUAAUACACUUGAAGAUUUUUGUUGUUUUAUACGUAUACUCUGUAUACCAAGUGAAUUUUGGAAACCUCUGGUGCCUUACUUUAUACAGGACCAGAAAAUCUGCAUGCACUGCUGCUCAUUUAAAGAUUUUGUUUUUAGUUUAAAACUUGAAUAUUUUGUGAUUGAUUUUUAUUUGUUGUGUUUGAAUUGUAUUUAUUGGCUGGCUUGUAUAAAACAUAAUUGAACAAGAGAGCUGAUAUUAGACUGAAAGAUGAGGCAGAUUAUAUUUAUUAUUUAUUAUAUCAUAACACCUACUCUUUGGUAAUUAUACACUGAGGCCAGUUUGUACAUUCUUUAUGUUUCAGCCCUUUUGUUAAUUUAUAUACCUCUGUUAUGCGACUCAUCUGUAUUCCACAGAUAAUUUCAAUCUUUUUUUUUUCCAGUGUGUUUCAUGUUGUCAUUUUUACCAAUGAAACACUGUUUUAUGUCUCAGAAGUUGAGACAAAGGUGCUCUCAGUCUCAAAAGAAGCCCUGUUGAUUUUUUUUAAAUCUCCACCGUCAGUCCUUUGCAGACUUUUUGUCUGUUCCCCUCUGAAUGAAGUUUUUCUCUCCGCGUCUGUUGAUAUCAAGCAUGACACAUUUUAACAUAAUUUAUAUGCUGACAGAGAAACGGGUAGCAAAUUCUUGUGUUAAUGUGGUUAGCGUGUAAUGU